AUGAAGAUCUCCACCUUGGCAACGGCAAUAUUGUAUGGCGGCGUCGGUGCCAGCCUUUUAAUGAACGACGCAUUAGCUGUUGAAGCACUCGCGAAGCUUACGUCUAACGUGGCUCAAAAUGGCUACCCAGACGCAGAAAAAUGCACGUUGGACAAUGUUGCCGUCCGAAGAGAAUGGUCUACUUUAUCCGAGGACCAGAAGCUCAACUAUAUCGAUGCGGUCAAAUGCCUAGGCAAAAAGCCAGCGAAAACGCCAGCGGCGAUAGCCUCGGGCGCAAAAAGCCGAUUUGACGACUUCAUCGUCACGCACAUUCUGCAAACAAUGAGCAUUCAUGGCACGGGGAACUUCCUGAGUUGGCAUCGCUACUACAUCUGGGUUUACGAACAAGCUCUUCGCAACGAGUGUGGCUACAAAGGCUAUCUCCCAUACAAUAACUGGUCCAAGUGGGCAGAAGACCCGCUCUCAUCACCUCUCUUCGACGGCAGCAAGACCAGUAUUUCCGGUGACGGCGAAUAUGUUGCUGGACGAGGAUCCUGGUGCAUCCCGAAUGAAGCGCGCUGCAUGGUCACUUUCCACUCUGCCAAUGGUGGAGGCUGCAUCAAGUCUGGGCCUUUCAAAGACUGGAAGAUCAACCUAGGCCCUAUCCAAACGACAGUGAAAGACGCCCCACCGAACCCGCAGGCCGAUGGCCUCGGCUACAAUCCUCGCUGCCUAAGUCGCGAUAUCAGCACACAAGCGUCGAACGAGACACGAGAUGAGAUGGUCGUAGACCUGAUCAAAAACUACCCUGAUAUCCUUAGCUUCCAGAACAAGAUGCAGAACUUCACUCAAGGGGUUAUGGGCGUUCACAAUGGAGGACAUUACACGAUCGGAGGUGACUCUGGAAUGGAUAUGUUCAACUCCCCAGCAGACCCGGCAUUCUAUUUCCACCACGGCAUGAUCGAUCGCGUUUGGUGGACAUGGCAGAACCUCGAUUUGAAAAGACGGCAAAACAGCAUCGCCGGUACCAUGACCUUUCUGGAUAACCCACCGAGCCGCAAUGCCACUCUUGAUGACGUGCUCAGCGUGGGGUAUGUCGGUUCACCGAACAUCACCAUCAAGGACGCUAUGAGCACGAUUGCAGGGCCGUUCUGCUACGUAUAUGCUUAG